CUGAGAUAGCGCGCGGAGGAGGAGGAGGAGGAGGAGGAGGAAGGCUGCCAGACCCCCACGCCCGCCCUCCAGCCUCGCUCGCCCGGCUCCAUGCCCCUCUAGCAUCCCUGAGCCGGCAGUGACAGGAGGAAGGAUGCAGGAGGCGGCCGGCGACUCGGUGGGUCCCCGCCGGGCGGUGGAGAAGCUGUCCGAGGCGGUGGGGCUGCGGGCCAAGGCUCUGGGCAGCGCCCUGCAGGAGACCCACCGCCAGCGGCGCCUCCUGCUGGUCAUCGUCUGCGUGGCCCUGCUGCUGGACAACAUGCUCUACAUGGUCAUCGUGCCCAUCAUCCCCCACUACUUGGCCAACAUGCGCGGCAGCGGCGGCGGCGGCGUGGAGCAGACCCUGGAGGCCAACAGCAGCGGAGCAGCCGGGGGCUGGCCGGGCAACGCCACCACGACCACCGGGAUGGUGCCACCCCCCCUGAAGGCCGACAACCAGGACAUCAAGAUCGGGGUGUUGUUUGCCUCCAAGGCCAUCCUACAGCUGCUGGUCAACCCACUGACCGGCACCUUCAUCGACCGGGUGGGCUACGUCUUGCCACUCCUGAUCGGUCUGGUGAUCAUGUUCCUCUCCACGCUCAUCUUCGCCUUCGCCGAGAACUAUGGGACCCUCUUCGUGGCCCGCAGCCUGCAGGGGCUGGGCUCGGCCUUCGCAGACACCUCGGGGGUGGCCCUCAUUGCCGACAAGUACACCGAGGAGUCAGAGCGCAACCGUGCCCUGGGUGUGGCGCUGGCCUUCAUCUCCUUCGGCAGCCUGGUGGCACCCCCCUUUGGUGGCAUCUUGUACCAGAUUGCCAAGAAACAGACGCCCUUCCUGGUGCUGGCCUUCGUCUCCCUCUUGGACGCUCUGCUGCUGCUGGUGGCCAUCAAGCCAUUUGCCAACCAGACCCGGGAGAAUAUGCCAGUGGGCACGCCCAUCCAUCGGCUGAUGAUUGACCCUUACAUUGCGGUGGUGGCCGGGGCCCUCACCACUUGCAACAUCCCCUUGGCCUUCCUGGAGCCCACCAUUGCCAUCUGGAUGAAGAGCACCAUGAACGCCAACCAGUGGCAGAUGGGUAUGGCUUGGCUGCCGGCCUUCUUCCCCCACAUCUUGGGCGUCUUCAUCACCAUCAAGUUGGCAGACAAGUAUCCCCACCUGCAGUGGUUUUACGGGGCGUUGGGCAUGGUCAUCAUUGGGGCCAGCUCGUGUGUGGUGCCUGCUUGCCGGAACUUUGGCCAACUGAUGGUCCCCUUGUGUGGCAUCUGCUUCGGCAUUGCCCUGGUGGACACAGCCCUUCUGCCCACCCUUGCCUUCUUGGUAGACGUGCGCUAUGUGUCAGUCUACGGCAGUGUCUAUGCCAUUGCCGACAUCUCCUAUUCAGUGGCCUAUGCCCUGGGGCCCAUUGUGGCUGGAGAGAUUGUCCAUUCCUUUGGCUUCACCCAACUCAGCUUGGGCAUGGGCCUUGCCAAUGUCCUCUAUUCCCCAGUGCUGCUGGCCCUCAAAAACAUUUGCCAGAUGAAGCCCUCCCAUUCAGAAAGUAACAUCCUACUUGACGAGGAGCCCAAAGGACUCUAUGACACCAUCAAGAUGGAAGAACGCAAAGCCAAGGGUAGACAUCUCCACCCGGUGGGGGAUUUUGAAGAGAAUAGUGUAGUAGAUCCUUACCGUAGAGACUUUAAAGGGGCUUUUGAGGAUGAUUCCUCAGACUAUGACUAUACUUAGAGUUUGGCUAGAAGGUCCUGUAGGAAGAUGGACAGUGUCUCAGCUAUUGUCUCCAUAUCUCCAAUGUGCUACACAUUAAUCUUUCUCUGAAUAUGACAGUCUUCUUCUUCUUCUUCUCCUUCUUCUUCUUCUUCUUCUUCUUCUUCUUCUUCUUCUUCUUCUUCUUCUUCUUCUUCUUCUUCUUCUUC